UGCUCUGGGGUAACUGUUCCCAUAGGAUUUGAGGGAGGAUUUGUUCUGCCAUGGGUCCACCACCACAGUGCACAGCUCUCCACAGGGCCUGGGCGUCCAUGAGACUGGCCUCUGGGUACCGCAGCGAUGGGCAUGCCAGCAACGCCUGCACCUAUCACUACAUCAGACACCAUCUUUGAGCUGGGGUUUGAGAAAACUGUGAAGAAGCAGAACAAAGAGCAAGUGCCUCCAGCCCCUGCCCCUGAGCAGCAUCACAAAAAACAGAACAUGGGGAAAAAUGCUAAAAAGUCAACUGCAGUCAAUGCAGGACUCAAGCAAGGCAAAUUCCGAACGCUGGAGGAUGCCCUGAAAGCUCUUGAUUUGACAGAACUUCAGAAGGAGCUGGAUAAAAGUCAGAACGUGUUUCCUGAGAACCCGUCUGUGUGGGUUAAAGACCUGGCUGGAUAUCUAAACUACAAGCUGCAGACCCCUCGGAGUGACCCCACGCUCAGCCAGCAUACUCCUGAUUACCCCUACAGUCUCGUGAACAAGGAGCUGAGAAGCAUCAUCAAGUCCCUGCUAGUGAAAGCCUCCAGCGUGCUGGAGCUGUUCUUCGAUCACUGUAUUUAUACGAUGUUGCAAGAGCUGGACAAAACUCCUGGGGAGUCGCUGCAUGGAUACCGGAUCUGCAUACAGGCAGUGGUGUUGGACAAGCCUAAAAUGGCAACAGUGAAUCUGGGCAAGUACUUAGGGCUGUUACGGUCCCAUCAGAACAGGCCAAUGAAAUGCCUCACAAUCAUGUGGGCUCUGGGACAAGCUGGAUUCACAGACCUCACUGAAGGACUGAAAGUGUGGCUUGGCAUUAUGCUUCCAGUGCUGGGGAUCAAGUCCCUCUCCCCGUAUGCGAUUGCCUACUUGGACCGGCUGCUGAUGACGCACGCUAACCUGACCAAAGGCUUUGGCAUGAUUGGACCAAAGGACUUUUUCCCACUCUUGGACUUUGCCUUUAUGCCCAACAACUCCUUAUCACCCAGCCUGCAGGAGCAGUUACGCCAGUUGUACCCCCGGCUGAAAGUGCUGGCGUUUGGCGCUAAACCGGAGACCACACUGCACACCUACUUCCCCUCCUUCCUGUCCAGAGCCACUCCAAACUGUCCUGCUGACAUGAGAAAUGAGCUCCUGAUCUGCCUGAGCGAGUGCCUGAGCAUGGACGCCCUGAGCUUCAGCGUCUGGCGGCAGCUGUACACUAAGCACCUCUCCCAGUCCAGCUUGCUCCUCAACCAUCUGUUGGAGUCUUGGGACAGCACCACCAGAAAAGAAACUGUUCGUUCGUUCAAAGUGACUAACGAAGAACUUGCUGUGAAAGGACCAAACAGCCUCCAGGAUCUGGCAGCCUGCCAUGCCACCUGCAAGAACCUGCUGCAUAAGAUGAAAGGCCGUGGCUUCCCCUGGGUUCGACUGCUGCUUGUGAUUCUGGUGUUUGCUGCCGGCUUCCUGGUGCAUGAUAUCAGGACACAGGGGUCUUUUCAAGCUUCUUCUGCUCACAUCCUUCGCUCCUCGGGCAUCCUGUCGGUCUCCCAACAAGCCUGGAAUAAAGUGUCCCGUUACUCCCUGGAAGGAUACAGCUGGUUGGAGAGGAACGUCCCUGUUUACUAUUCCCAAGUGCUGACGGUGUUGGGACCAAACCUGAAACUGGUUUGGACAAAGACCAAUGAGACUGCAGUUUACGUCUCUGGGAAAUGUUCCUCUCAGAUCUCUUGGGUCAAGGACAACCUGCCCUGGUUCACUGAGUGGUUGGGAGCUGUGUGUGGACGCUUGCAAGGCUUUGUGCUGGAGCUCAUCCCACAGGAUCUGAGCUGUUUAUUUUCGUACUGCCCUCGUGGAGAAGUGUCAUGGGACUGCAUGAGAAAACAUCUGACAAGCUUUACCUAUUCCUCCUGGAUGUACCUGCAAAACACAACGCUGGCCAUCAAGAACUGGGCCUUGGCCAUGAUUUCUGGACACUAGCGUCUGGCUCUCUGGA